AUGGUGAAUGGUGCUGCUUUAGGCAGGAUUGAAGCUGGUAAAAUCUGUUUGGUUUGUCAAAGAGUCGAAGGAAAAGGGAUUUUUAGCUUUGCUUGGUUUUAAUAUCGUGGAUCAUAAUAUUAUGUGGAUAUUACGAAUAUGGAGAUGGACUUUCUUUUCACUUCUAAUCAACAUGUGAAACAUGUUUAGGUGAGCUGGUUGAAGCCCGCACGCUUCUUUUGGUCGCUGAACGGCAAAUGCAUGCAAUCGGAAAACAGUUUUACGACUGUCUCAAGAAGAGCCCAGUGAUUCCACGAAGCGGCGCAACGACUCCAACUUCUUCUAGUGGAGGCGGACGCCGCAGAACGCUGCGACAAGGCUAUGCGCUAUUCGCAUCAUUAACGCUCAACAAUUUGGCCAGCUUGGAACGAAAAAUUCGGUCGGAAGAGGUGCUUCAUAGGGACCAAGACAAGGAUGAAACCGACGCUCAAGUAGAUCAAGACAACCAUCAAGAACAACAAGACCACACUGAUCAUCAGGGAGCUGCUCCAUCAUCUUCAUCCCCUUCCUUCCCAUCCUCUUCAUCCAACAAGGCUAAACAAGACACCAAGCACCUUCACCGUGCUCUGCAAUAUUUGACGGCGAGUCGAAUGUGGGUCCCUGAACUGCCUCCAGCUGAUGCGGCGGCAACGUUUUUGAACUUGUCGGCUGUUCUUAGUGAACUCAACCGCCAUGACGAGGCUGAGGAAGCAGCAAUGAAUGCCGUGCGACGGAGCGAGCAAGACAUAAUGCGGUUGUCAAGCAUCACGCCGGAAGAGUAUUUUUGUCUUUCUACCUCGUCCUCGUUGUUCAAUUCGGGUGCUAACACAGUAUCCAUUGCCGUAUUCUUUUACUGGCUCACUCAUAUGUAUAAAAAACAAAGCACUAAUGUUGGUUGUUCCCUUUUUAAUACUAUUGUGCAUAAUUUUUUGAAAAGAAUUUUGAUUUAUCUUCUGUUCGUCUAUCUUGUUCUUCCCCUUUUCGUGCAGUAUUCCGUACUACCUAGCCCUCCUCCUCCCACCAUCAGAUACGCUUCCAAAGUGGCUUCUUUAGCCGUCGCUUACAACAACUGGGCUGUUCAGAAGGAGCUUCUCGGUGGUACCUCUGCGCAGUGUCCGAACGACGCCCUCGAGCUCUAUCGCAAAGCUUUGAUGCUCGCCACAGAGCACCUCCAUCCUAGACAUCCGCUACGCCAGAAAUUCGAAGCCUCUGUUACUGCAGUGGUAGAGAGGAAUAGGAGACUCCAGGAUCAAAACUAUGAUGACGCUGUGCAAAGUGGAGGACGUGCAGGUGGAGGCUCAAGGGUAGCUGAAGAGUGGUGCGCAUGGAUCGCGAGAAAUCGAUCAGCAGAUGGAACAUCAAAUGCAGUUUUACCUCACGCGUCAACAUCAACUGACCAAGCGCGAAGAGAAAUGCGGGAAAUAACACCUCCAGCACACCAACAAAUAGUGCACAAGGCGAAGCCCGACGGCAUUGAAGACGAGCAGGAACAAGAACAAGAAUCUGCCUACAGUCCACCGGACAUCUCUCGUACUCCAGUUGUGACGUCUGGCGCCGCAGAGGCCUUGAGACUCCGAAACUCGACUCCCGAAAACAGUAGUCCUAAGGAGAAACUCCUAGCUCGCUUGAUCGAUUGCUCGCCACCGUCAGCAGCUAGAACAAAUGCUACGGAAGAUUGCGACGCUGCACGUAGCGACCAGAAGGAACAUGUGACGACUUCAUCAUGGCUUUCUCGAGUCAGGGAAUCUUUAGAGAAGGACCUAAAACAAGCCUCGUUACUAGAAGAGCGAGAGCAGGACGCAGUUGAUGACGAAACAAGGAAAGACGAAGACCACAACAUUCCUUCAGCUCCAACAGCAGCUCCGCCUUUACUCAGUAGUCCUAACAAGAGACGACGAGAGCGAGAGUCUCAACAACUUCCUGCAUUGCCUUUGGCUGCUCCCUCAUUUGAGCCUCGAGAGAUGACGCAGCUGACGACGCCUGUAGCAACGCCUAUUCCUAUGGACCGUGGUGACACGCCGCACAUGAUGGCGAUUUCUAGCAUCAUGGCGCUUUCUAGUAAGCUGACUUCUGGCCGCCGCUCUGGGACAGUGGAGACGCCGACUUGUGAGAAGGUUACUGGAGGCGGGGGUGCGACAGCAUCAGCGGCAACAUCGAAAAUGUCCGCAGCAGCUGCAUCAACCUUCGUCAACAGCAACGCCAGAAAACCCAUUGUCGUGCCACGGCUAGCCUUUUUGUCAGGAGGACCAGCGAGUGUUUCUACCACUGAUCAUGGAGAAGCUUCAAGCAGUAGUUCCUCUGCGGUUGAACAAGCUGGUGACGCUUCAUCUUCGUGUUAUCCACCAGUGGGCGUUGAACAAGACGACAGUCCUACAUCGGAGCAAGAGCCGCGCACGUCUCUUGCUGACGGUCGUGCAUAUUCCUUUGCAGCAUUGCAGCCUUCUGAUUCUCAUAAGUCUGUCGGUAUUGGUGACCACAGAAGAGCUUUCAAUGCGUCUUCAUCCUUACGAAUACCACCAAUAGUGAAAAACUCUGCUAACAACUCGACAGCUGCACUACAUCAUAAGGCCUUUGGACUCGGCUCCCCGUUACUUGCCUCCUCGAGUGGCGCACCUAGUUGUAGAACAGAGUGCUCGACCACGACUCAUGCGUCAACACGUCCGGCACUGUUGCCGUCGCUGAAGGUCCCGUCUCUUGCUAGGGUCAACUCUGGCGCAGGAGGAACUCAGCCAGCACACCUUCAAGGUCCAUCCCAGGCACAACCUGGUCCAGGCGCAAAUAGUUUUAUCAUCAACUCCGCUCGCAGUACAAACAGUCGACGUCGCGUGCCUGGUUCACCAUUGACUCUUUCGCAGGCAGGUUCGCCUCGCCGUCAACUGCAAAAGCUCCCAACGCAAGAACAAGACUCAAGAACAAGUUUUCAUCUUACUUCACCCGGAAUGGUUAGUGCAGCCGUGUCGUCAAAAUUACUCGGAGCACCGCAUGAUUCUACCCCUCAGCUACAAUUAGACUCAUCUUCUUCGUCUGGCUUGAUGACGAAAAGUCUCUCCGGCCGUUCGGUAGCACCAGCGGUGGAAAAGCCAAUGAUAAAGACAGUUCUCGGCAUGCCGAAUUUUCAGAUGGGCGGAUCGUCUAGUUCGGAUUCACGACAACAAUCCUCCACUACUUCCGGCGCUUCUUCCAGUCGACGUGCACGUAGAACGGUGGACCAAAGUCGCGCGGCUGGUAAGAUUCAAAGGUGGUUUCGGAAACGCCUGGACCGUGACGCUGCUCGGAUCUCCGAACAAGAUGAAGGACAGGAAGAGAGCCAAGAGGCAGACAUUAAUAUGGCCGCAGAAGACCAAUGUGUCCAACAAGCGGCAGCAGACGCUAUCGCCGCCGUCGAACAAGAAAGACUAGCGGAAUUAGCACAACAGAUUCUCCGUUCAUCCUCCGCUCGGCCCAUUCAACGUGUGUGGCGGCAACACCGUUCCCGUAGAAAGCAGAAGAGGACUGCAGCUGCACAGAAGAUCCAAGCGAGCGUGCGGGCGCAUAACCAGCAUCGGCGUCAUCACGUCUAUCUCAGGAGACGAAGGAAGAUUGAGGCAGAGUUGACCUUUGAACGCUUCGCGGACUGGAAAUUCUGGUCCACAAGGACGCGCACACGUGAGAAAAGCGAAGCUGCCGCAGCGAUACAAGCGAAAAUGAAGAACUACGUAGACACAGACCUACUUGGGAUUUUGCGAAAACACCAAAAAGAAAGAGACGAAGCAGAACGACAAUUACGUAGAGAAGCCGCGAUCGCAGCACUGUGUGAGUGCGCGCGGAAACGUCAAAACACGGAGGCCAUGCGAACAGCGGUUGGUCAGCUUGCGCUCCACGCAAAGCACACAAAACACUGCCAAUCCUUCCUCGUCGUCUUCUUCGCUCAUCGUUUUCGCCAUGUCUGGCCUCGACGUGCUCGUGGACGACGCGCAGCGGUGAUUCAAGCUUUUGCUCGGGGAUAUCAGCUACGGAAACGCUUACUAUCAGAUGAUGCGUUUGUCCACGUGUUUAGCGUGGUCAAAGACGUAUCGGAAGGUGCUGGACGGCGUGUGGUGCUUGUGGCGAGCAGGAAGUUUGCCAAUAUUAGUAAAAGGACGCCGCGAGGAGAAGUAGAGCAGGAAAUGGAGCAGGACUUAUCUUCAAGUACAUGGCGAAUCGAAAUUGCUGACUACUCCAGAGUCUUAGAUCAGCCCUCCAAAACUCCUUCAAGACGCAGCAGGAGAGCCAGUGCAGGAGGCGACUUCAAUCCUGGCUUAGCGGAAAAGCGUGCUAUUGCAACUCAGGCUGUCUUCACUAGUGCACUGCUACGAGGAGCAGCGCCAGAUGCAGUUCUGUUUCUGUCGGAUUCGGAAAUGGCGGGAGAGAAGAGAGCGAAGAAAUCCGAAUCUACGCAACCAGCACUUCUCGCAAAAGACUUUCUCUCUACCUUGCCAGUGGACAAGGUCUUGGCCGCCAGUUUGUUUUCUCGAGACGAGGAUACAGAGUCUGGCGCAAAGCUCCUGUUCGGACUGCAGAGUUUGAACAGGAAUUUAGUCGAGCGUCAAGAUCGGUGGACUAGCGCCAUUUUACCGAAGAGAGACACAACGACUGCUGUGUCAGAGGCGCCGACUCCGACUGCACCAGCACUAGCCAGCACUAGAGUACUUACAAGAACUGAACCAUCUUCAGAUGGAGUUGCAUCAGUAGCGGCCACUAGAGCACUUACAACUGAACCAUCUUCAGUUGUAGAAGCGGAAGACGAAGCGAUCGAAGAGACCAAGAAGGCGCCAGAAGAGGUAGACGGCGUUUGCGCUAGUCGACGGCUGAUGCACGAGGACGAGAUUUGUUCACCAUCCUCUCGUCCUCGUGCAUCAACAGCCGUGGUCGAAGAAGUGCCAUUGGCUGCUAGCACGGAAGUAGAAGUACAUCAUAGUUGUGUCUCUAAAAAUACUAGCACAUCAACUGAGACUGAGUCUACUCAGGACGUAAAACCAGCGGAACAAGAACAACAAAGAGCGAACCCAGAAGCACGAUCCUCUCCCACAUCAUCGUCACAACCAUCCUCACAUCAAGCAGAUCCGCCAUCUGCACGAGCAUCGCCGUCAGAUGGUGCUACACCCUUCACAUCUACUCAGGACGUGAGUGCGAUGCUACUUGCGCGAGAAGAGGUAGAGGAUCCCCAUCACGAAACUUCUACCCUAAACCUUACUUGUAAACCUCCUGAGGUCAGAGCCGCAACCUGUACGUCAAAAACGACUGCUGUUGGAGAGUCGAGUACAUCGACACCACCCAUUAUACAGGAGGAUGAAGAUGACGAAGAAACUACGUGCUGUCAAGAAAAUCUAGAUCCUGGUGAGAACGAUACGUCAAGAUCGUCACCAAGACCACCACAACACAGACGCGGAGUAAAUGAAGAUCAACAGCCAACUCUGUCUCAGCGUUACUCGGGAUUUGACACGAAAGACCUAGCUAAAAAGGUUGAUGAGCGGAUGCGGUCAUCGAUGGCGUCAUCCGCGGCUAACGAUACAGCGAGAGCUGAAAAAGAUGUGGCUCUUAUGGGAACAAGUCAGAAAUCCACAAAAGAGGAACUACAGCACGUAGAAACCCCGCCUUUGGAACCUGCGCAGCCACCGCUAGUAGACAUUCAUGAUGAGCACGAUCAAGUUAGUCCACCGCUUCUGCGAAGGUCAGGUGCUGAGCAGAGAGGUGCUGCCAUAGCGAUAGAAGACGAGUUUAGUGCCGAGAAGGUAGAGAAUGCUGUGAAAGUAGAAGAAGCUUCUGAGGCAAUGGCAACAACGACGACACGAGAAGGUGGGAAGUCUACUGGUGACCACAACGAGCAUCAACAGGAUAAGCCUCUGACCAUAACUACAAAGAGCGAAGAGAAUUAUCCGACGCAACACCAGGUGCAACUAGUAGAGGCUGAAGAAGCAUCUUCAAAAAUGCCACCUGCAGCACCACGUCCAGCUAUGAAAGCUGAACCAGUACUAGUUGAUGCUCCACUCGCACCAGCUCCUCAACCAAAAUCAAGCGGUGCUUGGGAAGAUUUGAUGGACGAAUUGGAACUGUAUGAGAACGAAACAGGAGGUCCAAAAAUUCUAGGAAGAACUACAACUACGGUUCUUGACCAAGAUGCAGAAGACGACCUCCAACUAGACACCAAGAGGACCUUAAUCCUACCAUCGCCGCACAUAGAAACUAUAGCUGGAGUGGUGUCUCCUGCAAGGGGAAGAAGUAGUGGCAUUCUUGGAAAAGACGUAGACGUACUAGGAGUUGUUGAAGGGCCGCGAAGUCGGAGUGGUACAGCUACUGGAAGUUGUGAUCGUGGAGGAGCACAACAAGUAGUACAACACGACUACAAUCCGAACGACCCUGCUGCUGCUCAAGAAAGAUUCCCUUUCGCAGCUCCAUCGGCAACAUCAGCUACCGCCGAAAUCAUGCUAGGAACAAGCAAUGCUCCUGCUGACGGAGGACAAGCCAAUGGAGGUGGCGAACUAAGGAUGCCCUGGCGCUGUAGCGAUUGCAAUUUUCUAAAUGAAGUGAGCCCAGAUAUGUGCGUCAUGUGCGAUCACAUGCGGGUCGCGGCGCCACAGAGACCAAGAUCCUCGAAAAGUAGAUCAGCAGGUGCUAGUGCAGGUACUAAUACAGAGAUACGUGAGCGUGAUUUUUAUAGACGUUCCAUUUUGAAAUGUAGGUGUCCGUAUCUGAGCGUGAUUUUCAAAGACGUUCCAUUUUGAAGUGUAGGUAUCCGUAUCUGAGCGUGAUUUUUAAUGACGUUCCAUUUUGAAAUGUAGGUAUCCGUAUCUGAGCGUGAUUUUUAAUGACGUUCCUUUUUGAAAUGUAGGUAUCCGUAUCUGAGCGUGAUUUUUAGAGACGCUCCAUUUUGAAAUGUAGGUAUCCGUAUCUGAGCGUGAUUUUUAAUGACGUUCCAUUUUGAAAUGUAGGUAUCCGUAUCUGAGCGUGAUUUUUAGAGACGCUCCAUUUUGAAAUGUAGGUAUCCGUAUCAGUAUACUAAAUCAAGUAGUUCCAUUUUGAAAUGUAGGUAUCUUCCGUAUCAGUAUACUAAAUCAAGUAGUUCCAUUUUGAAAUGUAGGUAUCCGUAUCUGAGCGUGAUUUUUAGAGACGCUCCAUUUUGAAAUGUAGGUAUCCGUAUCAGUAUACUAAUAAUCAAGUAGAAAGUCCAAAUUCCAUUUCUGCUGCGUACAGGUCCUCCAACGGCAGCCUCAGCUGACAGCAUCGCCAAGAGAAAACGUGCUGCAACGAAAGGCGAGGUCGCUUCUUUCUCCAGGGUGCAGCAGAUGAAGGCUUCUUAUCAAGGUGGAGACGACAAGUUGUAUACGCAGAUGUUUAGGACUAGUGCGGAUUUUUACAAUAAAGCAACAGGCGCUGCACUAUCCUCUGCUUCAUCUGGUGGCACCUCCAAUACAACAAAGACGCGACCCAGAAGUGCCCAUCCGGCCACGAAUAAACGACCGAUGAGCGCAACUUCUACUAGAUCUUCGCAGGCAGCGAGACCGUCGAGUGCUACUAGGGCAAAAGACUCCUACAGGGAUCCACAACCGUUUUGGAAUACUUUGCGUUGAGGUCCACAACCGUUUUGGAAUAGUUUGCGUUUAGGUCAACUUGAUGCAGUAUGAUUUCUGCUUGCAAGAAUCCUAGAACUAGAAGUUGUAGUGGAACACAGAGACGGAAUGUUGUACUAUGUUUUCAGAACAGUCAUUUUGAGCACUAGCUUUUUUUAAGACAAACUACAUUGAUGACGAAGGUCUAUUGCUAUUUGCUUAUUCUUAUCCUGCGCUUGUUUACUUUCCCCCGACCUUGAUGUCCAAAUCUGGCGCUACCACGUUUCUUCAUUUGCCGCAUACCUUCAGUGGUUCAAGUCGAUCUCUGAAAUAUGCAAAGCACUAAUGGCUGUUCCUUUUAUCCUGCGCUUGGAGUAGGAGUUCAACUCCCACAUGCUUUGAACGAUGGAACAAUUCGAUCAGUUCUAAAUUUUCAAUUCUACGACAACUACAGAGAAUAAAAUAUCGUAGUUAGUAACAAGUUUCUAGUACUGCCUGUUCCUGUUUCUUACUUCUUGAAGAUAAGAUUGUGAUUGGCCACUUUUGUUUAUGAAAGAACGAAGUAUGAUUUGAGUAGAAUGAAUCCAUGAAGUACAAGCUCAUGGGGUUUCGUAAAUUACCACGUCAUACUUGGCAGAACUCUCUCGUAUUUCUGUGUUACUUGCCAUGUUGUGACGAUGAACAACAACGCCACCUUGUGCACAGUCUUUUGAAAUAAAGAAGAUAAUUCUUAUCGUUUCGAAUUGGCGCUUG